UUGUGUAAAAUUCACGGGUUAAAGCGCAGAGAAUUCCUUUAAAAUUAUAUAUUUAAAUUACCACAAUUUUAUCAUGUAUAACCUCAGAAUUCGACAUGCGAAGCAAGUAGUUUUAGUCUGUAAUAAUGGCGAACGAAUUUUGACGGGAGACUCUAUGAAAAAGCUGGCUAUUGUCGAAGGAACAAAGGACAGAGGUGUGUCUGUUGUUGUCGAUAGCGCGGGAAAAAUCGAAUGUAUUGAUUUUGACGAGAAGGUAGAUCGAGACUAUAGCAAUCAUACGUUCACCGAGGAAAUAGAUGCUUCUGGAAUGUGUGUCUUGCCCGGCCUUAUUGAUGGUCACACUCAUCCGGUAUGGGUAGGUGACAGAGUGCAUGAGUUUGCCAUGAAGCUGGCUGGAGCUACAUACAUGGACGUACACAAGACUGGAGGAGGAAUAGGUUUCACUGUGGAGCAUGUGCGCAGGGCUAGCAAUGAAGAACUAUACACAUCACUUAGAGAACGACUUCUGAGAAUGUUAAGAUCAGGUACAACUUUGGUUGAAGCCAAGAGUGGCUAUGGUUUGGAUGUAGACUCAGAGAUGAAGAUGCUACAAGUUUUAGAAAAAGCUAAAAAAGAGCUGCCAAUUGAGAUAUCCAGCACAUUUUGUGGAGCACACUCUGUACCAAAAGGAAGUACUUUGGAAGAGGCAACUGACAAUGUGAUCAAUCACCAGAUACCUAAGCUUCAAGAACUGAUGAAAAACAAAGAAAUAGUUGUUGACAACAUAGAUGUAUUUUGUGAGAAAGGUGUGUUUGGUAUAGAUGAAACCAAAAGAAUACUCAAAGCAGGAAAAGCUGCAGGACUGGCAGUCAAUUUUCAUGGUGAUGAACUACAUCCAAUGAAAGCUGCUGAGCUAGGGGCUGAACUCAAGGCUAGAGCAAUAAGCCAUCUUGAAGAAGUAAGUGACGAGGGAAUUCAAGCCAUGUCUGCAGAAUCAGUUAUUGCUGUGCUCCUUCCUACCACUGCAUACAUCUUGCGACUUAAAUGUCCUCCAGCCAGAAAGAUGAUUGAAUCAGGUGUACCAGUAGCUCUUGGAUCUGAUUUUAACCCCAAUGCCUUCUGCCUAUCUAUGCCUUUAACAAUGCACCUUGCUUGCGUUAAUCUGGGCAUGACAAUGGAAGAAGCUCUGGCAGCAGCCACCAUUAAUGCAGCAGCGUCUCUGGGUAGGUCACACACUCAUGGAUCUCUGGAACCUGGAAAAGUUGCUGACAUGUUGAUUAUUGAUGCUCCAAGGUGGGAGCAUCUUGUUUAUCAAUUAGGAGGCCAUGAUGAUGUCAUCAAGUUUGUAAUUAAGAAUGGAAAAAUUGUACAUAGCAGAUCUUAUUAGAAUAUUUGCGCAAAGAGUGACCCUCUUCCUCGCUGCCACGAGACCUUCCACAUCAAAAAAUAAAUUAAUGUAGAUUUUCUUUAGUCAAAGAGAGGAGUUGAGUUCAUAACGGGUGAAAGACGUAGUAAUAACGGACAAUUGUAACUGAUGAUUGUUACAUUAGGAAUAUAUUUUCAUCCUAUGAAUGAAGAUCUUCACUACUUUACUUCUGUAUUUGAGACAUUCAACAAAGGGGUCUCAACAUCCAUUGAGAAAUCACUACAUAGGUAGCAUCCAAAGGCCAAACCAGAAAUUGAUGAAACUGAGGUAUAGGUGGGGCAUGAAACGAGCCGUAGCAACUGAUCUGAAGACUUUGCUAUUUUUAACCUCAUAAUUGCUUGACUUUUUACCGAAAGAGAAUAUUUGUAGAGUUGUUAUUCACAAUAAUGUAAUAAUGGCUGUUCAGAGGUUUAGUCUCUGAGCCUUGAAAACAUCAAGUUUGCUCGCUGACAUGCUAUUAGUUAUCUUUUCAGAGUAAACCUGCAGAAACCCUUUUUAAUAACGAUCCAUACAAUUUUUCAUUAUGAUCCAUCCAAAUACCAAUGUCUUUUGGUCAUAGACUAUAAGCGCACCUAGAAACCUUAGCUACGUGUUCUAAAGAGAAUAGGGACUUUUAGCAAACCACGACGGCGACGGCAACGAGGACGUGGCAAAACAAAAGAUCUAAUGAGCAGAACAAUAGCCCAGCACUUGCGUUGUAAAUCUGUGUACAUUUCUUAGCCGUCCUCUGCAAAUAACAACUUGAAAUCAUUAAAAUUUGCGUGGUCUCAAAAAGGGAACCCGAAGGAAAAUUAUUUAUGUUUCCAUUUAGUACUCCACGCCGCUCUUAUACGUUAUGGUGAGAUUAAUUUUUGGCGCCGUAAGAGAUGAUAAGCACAUCCAGUAGUUCGCGAGAUUCCAACUAAAAAUAUAUAUUCAUUUUUAAAUCGACGUCUUCCAUGGCGUGGCCUUCCUAACUGCUAAAUAGAGAAUAAUACACGGGCGCGCGUAAAUAAGGAAUUUUUCUUCGAGUGUUUUACUCGAUAGCUCAUCACGAGUGAGGGCGGUGAACGAGUGAGAUGUCGCGUUAAGAACGAGAAGAGAAAUUCCAUCAUUUUGUUUAUCUUCUAAACACAAUAGCUCUUCAAUGACAAGAAAGGGCGACUUUAUUAAUAAAUGAAAAUAAAGGAAUCGA